AUGUCAGGUAAAAUUUAUUACGGAUGUGUUGGAUAUAGAAAAACAAUUCUCUCUAUGUCCAGUAGCAUUUCUCUUGGUACCCUUAGUGCUGCCAUUGAUGCUAUUGUAAAUCAAAUCGGUCCUAAUUCAUCUCCAAAAUCAUCAUCAAAAUAUGAUCGUUUUCAACUUCAAUUAGUUGUAGACAAAGAAAUAUUUGCAUUAUGUGUUUGUGAUGAUACAUUCCCAAUGAGAGAAUCAUUUGUUUUCUUAGAGGCAAUAAAAAAAGCUUUUAUUAGUCAGUUUGACCAAUACACUAUUUCUAUUGCUGGGGCAUUAGAAAUGUCUUCUUUCAAUCAAACAAUUAAAAACUUAAUGGAUAAACACAAUGACUUCGAUAAUCAUCAAUUUAAUAAAAUUAAAAGAGAACAAGAUGAAACACAAGCUAUUCUUAAUAAUGACAUAGAUAAAAUGUUAAAACGUGGUGAUGUUUUAAGUGACUUAGAAGAUGAAACAAGUCAUCUUGUUGAAUCAGCAGAUGGAUUUAAGUCUUCAGCAACUCGAUUAAAACGUGCUAUGUGGUGGAAAAAUAUUAAGUUAUACCUUAUUGCGGGUGCAAUUCUAUUAAUUUUCUUAUUAGUUCUUCUUUGGGCAGGAUGUGGAAUAACAUUUAGUCGAUGUAUUCCAGACAAGGGAGAUAACACAGGAAGUCAGUAA